AUGUAUAAUUUCUUUAAAACUAUAGAUUAAUUUGGAAUUGAAUAAAAGCUGUCUAUACCAUCAAUAAAUCCUACUUAAAGAAGUGCCAUAGGAGGAGUAGCCACCUUAACAUUAUAUGGAAUAAGCUUUGCAUACUUCCUUUAUGAAUUUAUAGAUUGGUAGUAAAAUAAUAAACUUCCAAAAAUCACAUCUUUGCAAAAAUAAAUUAAUUAAGCUGAAAAUGUUUAAGUAUAAGAUGUAUUUGCUGAGAUAUCUCACUUUGCUUUUACUGAAAACAAAAUUGAUCCCUUCGAUCCAUAAAAUUUAAUUUUCUAUCCUAUUUUAACUACAUAACCUAAUAAUAAAGAUGAAGUAAAGUUAUUUAAAUAUUUAGAGUAAAAUACUUAAGAGUAGAUUAGAUAAUACAGCUUAAGAGAAUGGAUAGUCAUUUAAUAAAUUUCUUAUAGAAAACCCUAAUUUUAUUGGUUCACCUCCAACGGCUUCUCAGAUUCUAUAUGUAGAUUAUUAGAUUCUAUUUGGGUUUUGUGACCCAAAUAUUUUAGAAGUGGGAUAAUAAUGUGCUGAUAAGGAAACGAUUUAAAAAUAUUAAGAACAAUAGAACUUUUUACAAAUUUAAAUCUAUAUUCAAUAAUAUGACACAAAAUAAAAAUAACUAAUUAAAAUACCAAAAUUUUACACUCUUGAUAUUUCUAAUGAAAAAAUGCAAUAUUGUUCAUUUAAUCUAUAAGCAAAUUAAAUUGAUGUUGAUGAUGGAUUUCUAUUUUCAAAUUCAAAUCAGUAAAUUUUUUUUUCUGAUUUUAUUAUGUUUACUAAUACUUAUGAUAUUUUACAAAGUGAAAAAGUUUAUGGAAAAUAGUCUGUUUUGGUUGCUUAUUUUACAAUAGAUUAAAUUAAAUCAGUUGUUUAUAUUGAAUAUCCUAAAAUAUCAGAAAUUCUAGCAAAUGCAGGAUCUAUAAUUACAUGGAUCCUUUAAAUAUCUUUUAUUUUCAUUAAAUACAAUGAAAUGAUAUGCACUCAAAAUGCUAGAAAAGAUGUCAUUUCUAUGUUUUAUGCAGAUUACCCAGAUUUUAAAAUAAGGACAAAUUGGUUGGGUAAAAUGACAUAAAUAGGAUUAAAAGGAAAAAACUAUGAUAUAAUGAAGAUUAAUUCAUUCAUUGAAAAUUUGCAUUAGAUGGCUGAUUAAAAGAUGAGUUACAUAAAUCUAUAAUUUGAAGUGUCUAGGUAUUUAUUAUCAAUAUUUUAAGAAUUUAAUUAAUCUUGCAAGAAUAUUUGGGAAUUGAUUAAAUGAAAAAAUAUUUAUAAUAAAAUCAUAAAUUAGAAUCAAUUUUGGAUAAGAUUGGAUUACAUGAAUUACCAUAGACCAAAAAGGUCAUAAAUUAAAUUGUAAUUUAUAUUAAUUUUAUUAAGUAACCUUUAGAAUAAUAGAAUGAUAAUCUAAAGAGAUAAGAUUAAUCAGAAGGAGAAUUAAUGAUGUUUUCUGAAAAUUUACUAGAGGAAGAUUUGGAUUUACAUAUAGGUUUAUUAUUAAUGAAGGAAAAUACUCAAUAUACUCAAAUUGAAUUUAAUUAAAGUAUGUUACCUUAGGCAGGAUCCCAAAUUGAUUUAAAAAUCAAAAAUAUAGAAAAGUAGCCAUCCUCAAUUAGUUGACAAAAUUAUAAAUAUACUAAUGAUGAUUAGUAUAAUAAAUAAUUAUUAUAAUAUAUUUAGAAAUGAAUAGCUUUUUGUUAUCCAUAGAUUAGUUUGGAGUUGAAGAGAGAGUACUCUUUUAAAGAUCAAUAUCUACAAAAAGAAGUGUAUUAGGUGGAAUCAUGACGUUGCUACUCUACGGAAUCACUCUUACAUAUUUUUUAUAUCAAUUCAUCGAUUGGAUGUAAAAUAAUAAGUUACCUAAAGUCACUUCAACAUCAAAAUAAAUUAAUCAUUCUGAAACAGUUUAGAGUGCUGGUAAAUUCCUAGAACUUUGCUACUUUUAAUAAAUUAAUAAGUAAAUAGAUCCUUUCAAUCCAAAGUAACUUAUUUACUAUCCAACAUUAACUGUUAAUCCUUCACAAGUAUUUUAUUUUUGAUUAUUAUUUUAAAGGAAGAAAUUAACAAUAUUGUAUUUGAAUAAGAAAUUUUAGAUAGUGAUAUCACUGUUAAUAAAUUUGUUUUAUAUGAUAUUGAAUUAGUAGGAUCUCCACUUUAAUCUUAAUAAUUAGCAUAAAAAGAUUAUUAAAUAACUUUAAAGAGAUGCAAUCCAGAUAAAAUAUCAAAGGAUAUGCAAUGUGCUGACGAAACAACAUUUAAUCAAUUUUAAGAAUAAUAAAAUCUAUUCUAGAUUCAAAUUUAUAUUUAAUAAUUCAAUAUUAAAACUAAAGAAUUAGAUAAAAUUCCAAAAUUUUAUGUUUUAAAUGUUUCAAAGAGUAAAUUGAUAUUUUAUAAUUUUUAACUUGAGAGUAGUUAAAUUUCAAUAGAUGAUGGAAUCUUAUUCCCUAAUUCUAGAGAAAAAAAAUUCUUUUAUAAUAUGUAUUAACUAGCUUCAGUGAAUGAUAUAAAUUAAACAAAUAUUAAUAAAGACUAAAUGAUGAUCUUAUAUUUUACAUUGGAUUAAAUUAAAUUAGAAACUCUUUAUGAAUAUCCAAAGAUAUCAGAAAUUCUUGCUGACACAGGUUCUAUUAUAAGUUGGUUUUUCACAAUAUCUUAUUUUGUAACAUAGUAUAAUAAAGAACUUAGUAUGUAAAAUAUUAUUACAGAAGUUGUGUAAAUGUACUUUAAUGAUUUAUAAAAUUUAUAAAUAAAGAAAAAUUGGUAUGGAAAAAUAAUUGAAAUUUCAUUUAAGGAUAAAUCUUGUGAUAAAGUUAAAAUGUAAAAGCUAUUAAAUAAACUACAAUAAUUGUCAAUUUAAAAAUUAGAUUUUAGAAAUAUUUUAUUUGAAUAAUCUAAGUAACAAAAAUUUAUAUAAAUAAUAGAUUAAAGCUAUUAUUAGUAAGAUCUUUGGGAUUUGAAUAAAUAAAAUAAUUAUUAAUUCAUCCAUAAAAAUUAGAACCUUUAAUUGAUAAAUAUGGAAUAUAAGAUCAAAAAGACAGUUCUAAUUUUGCAAAUUUAAUAGUACAAAUCAAUAUAAUAUCCUUAGUUCCCCUAAGGAGAAUUAUCCAAUAUAAAUUUAAAAUUGCAAGAAGUUUUAGAAGGUGAAUGCAACGUAAAUUUAGAUUAAACACUUGAAUAAGAACUAGAAAAAUAGAUUAGCUUAUUUUCUUACAUAGAUUUCUUAAAAAUAUAAAAUGAAGACAAAUUAUAAGUAAUAGAUUUUAAAGAAGAGAAUCAUUAAAUUCAAAAGUUUGACUCAAAACUAUUACGUAUAGAGAAUUCUUCCUCACUUUAAUGA